UCGAGCACACGAAUCAGUAAUCAUGACCGACUUGUUUACUAUCAAAAAGGACGAAAAAGUGGGCCGAUUUGCCGUGGCAAGUCGGGCCCUCAAACCCGGCGAUUUGAUUUUCACCGAAACCCCGUUUGCGCAUGGACCCAAAUCGGAUUCGCCCCCUUUGUGUCUGGGGUGUUUCGCCCCCGUCGAUUGCACAAUCCUGUGUUCGCACUGCUCCUGGCCGGUGUGCGGCCCCGAGUGCGAGGCAAAGCCGAGUCAUCGCGACUACGAAUGUGGGGUUUUCGCCACCGCUGGAGUGAAAUUCCAGCCGGUUGAGGACCCCACAAAUGUAUGUCUCCAAUACGAGUGUAUAACACCCCUGAGGGUGCUUUUAGCGAAGGAGAAAGACCCGAAACGUUGGCAGGAGGAGAUUGAAGCGAUGGAAAGUCACAAUGACAUUCGCAAAACCAAACCCAUAUGGGAAUUCAAUCAAGUCAACAUUGUUGAUUAUCUCAGGGGCCCGUGUAAGUUGGAUCGCUUCCCGGAGGAGUUAAUUCACACUGUUUGUGGGAUUUUGGAAAUCAAUGCAUUUGAAGCGAGAGCGAGUUCGGGGUAMUUAAUCAGAUGUUUGUACCCGAAYUUGGCGAUUUUGUCGCACAAUUGUGUCUCAAAUGUGCACCAUUCCGUCGAUUGUGACACUUUCAGUGUCAAUGUUUCAGCAGCGGUUGAAACUCCUGAAAAUGGGGAAUUGUUCWGUAGUUACACUUAUUCCCUAUGGCCGACUCUUGUCCGUCGUGAAUUCCUGAAAGAGAGCAAAUACUUCGAAUGUAUGUGUGACAGGUGUAAGGACAAGACCGAGCUUGGGACACAUUUAGGCACCCUCAAAUGCAACAAAUGCGAUAAUGGGGUGAUUUUGAGUACAGAUCCGUUAAGUUUCACUUGCGAGUGGAAAUGCACUCAUUGCGAAUUCAAAACUAACGCUGUAGCAGUCCGGAAAGUGUACCAAGCGGUCCAGACCGAAAUAGACGCCGUCGAAAUGCUCUCAGGACCUGAAGGGAUCGAACAACGCGAGGCUAUUUUUAGGAAGUACAGAUCGGUAUUCCAUCCCAAAAACGCAUACAUGACGAUAUUGCGAACAUCCUUGUCGCAACUUUACGGCCGUGCUGAGGGUUACACUGUUGAGGAUUUGCCGGAUUUGUUGUUGGAACGCAAAGUGGAGCUUUGUAAUCAACUUUUGGAAGUUUUGGAUGUUGUAGAACCGGGAUAUUCGAGAAUUAGAGGGAUUACAUUGUACGAGUUGCAUGCACCGUUGUUGAUUUUAGCGAGGAAUCAGUAUACUCAGGAUGUGAUCAGUAAGGAGGAAUUUAGGAAGAAAAUGGAGGAGGCUGUGGAGGUUUUGGGGAAAUCGGUGGAGAUUCUGAAGAGUGAAGUCGCGAAUUCGAACGAAGGGCAGUUGGCGUUGGUGGCGCAACAGGCCUACGAAGGGUUGAAACAGAAUUUUGAACUUUUGAUUGAAACUGCAUAAUUUGUGUUUUGUUGUUGUUUCCAAUAAACUUUUCAUGAGGU